GUCUCGGCUGUGGCUGCGGCCGUUACCGUCGCCUGGCGCUGCGGUGGCUCUUGGGGUUCUGGGAGGGCAGCGGCGGCCCGUCGUCGGUGGCCUCUGGAGCCUGCCUGCGAGGGGACAGGGAGACCGGAAAGGUGGCUGUCGUCGGCCGGCUCCUUCGCGAUUGCAGUCCCGGGUUGCAGGGUCCGUGCUGCCCCGGGGCGGCGGCCGGCUGGGAUGGCGAGAUAGCGGCGCGGGAGCGGCGGGACUGACGGCACAGCACAGACCAUGGGUGUUUACUCCUGGUGGAAGCAGCCAUCCUGGAUGGUGGGCAGUCAGAGAAGGAGAAUGACUCCAAACUUGCCGUGGCUCCUGUCGGCACUCAUGCUUCUGCAUCUGACCGUGCAAGCAAGUAGUCUGAAGAGGGGAGCAAUUCAGAGUCUGAAAUGCACGACCAGCAACAUGCAGGUGUGGGACUGCACGUGGACAGAGCCCCCGGGGCUCAGCUCUGGAGCCGUGAAAGAAGUUUGCGUUAGAGACAGGCUCCGUUCUUGUCAUCGAUUAGAGACAACAAACAUCAAAAUUGCGGCCCUUUCACCUGGCGAUCAUGAAGUAACAGUAAAUUACCUGAAUGGCUUCCAAAGUAAUUUCACCCUGAAUGAAAAAGAUGUUUCUUUCAUUCCAGAUGCUCCCGAGGUUUUGAGUUUGUCUGCUGACUUCGCGACCUCCACGCUAUACCUGAAGUGGACCGACAAAGGCUCUGCCUUUCCGUACCCCUUGAAGGUCACCUGGGAAGUUAAGGUUCUACAGCAUCCGCGUAUGGAACCCAUAAAAUUAGCGUCCUUCAACACGACACUGAAUGGUAGAGAUACAGUUCACCAGUGGAGCUGGACCUCCGACCUGCCCCUGGAAUGCGCUCCUCACUCUGUGGGGAUCAGACAGUACAUCAACCAUCACCGUUUCUCCGGCUCUAAAAAGUGGAGUGCCUGGAGCUUCCUGAAGAACAUUUCUUGGACUCCUGAUUCCGAGACCAAUGUUUUUCCUCAAGACAAAGUGAUUCUUGCAGGCUCAGACAUAACAUUUUGUUGUGUCAGUCCAACAAAAGUGCUGUCAGGACAGAUUGGCAAGACAUUCCGUCCCCUUAUCCAUCUUUAUGGGGAAAACGUUGCGAUCCGUAUCCAGAACAUUUCCGUUUCUGAAAACAGUGGAACAAAUGUGGUUUUCACAACAGAAGAUAAUGUGUAUGGGACGGUUGUCUUUGCAGGCUAUCCACCCGAUGUUCCUCAGAAACUGAAUUGUGAGACGCAUGAUUUCAAAGAGAUUAUUUGCAGCUGGAAUCCGGGGAGGCCAACAGGGCUGGUGGGCCCACGAAAUACAGACUACAUUUUAUCUGAAAGCAUUUCGGGAAAAUCCGUCGUACUGAAAAGAUUUGAAACACUUACAAAUGAAAGCUGUCGUUUAACCUUCCAAAUACUUCCCGACCAAGAAAUCUAUAACUUCACCCUGACCGGUCACAACCCACUGGGACGAGCAGAAUCAGUAAUACUUAUCAACGUAACUGAAAGAGUUGCUCCUCAUGUGCCUGUUUCAUUGAAAGUGAAGGACAUCAAUUCAACAGUUGUUACCCUUUCCUGGCAUUUGCCAGGAAAUUUUGCAACGAUUAAUCUCUUGUGUCAAGUUGAAAUUUGCAAAGCUAAUUCAGAACAAGAAGUGCGGAGUGCCACAAUCAAAGGAGCCGAGGAUUCAAGCUACCUUUUGGCUGUGGACAGAUUAAAUCCAUACACUGUGUACACUUUUCGGGUUCGUUGUUCUACUGAAACCUUCUGGAAGUGGAGCAGGUGGAGCAAUGAAAAGAGACAUUUGACCUCAGAAGCCACUCCUUUAAGGGGACCAGAUACUUGGAGAGAGUGGAGCUCCGAUGGAAAAAACUUAAUUAUUUAUUGGAAGCCCUUGCCCAUUAGUGAAGCUAAUGGAAAGAUUCUUUCCUAUAAUGUAUCGUGCUCAUCAAAUGAGGAGACCCAGUCCCUUUCUGAGAUCCUCGAUCCUCAACACAGAGCAGAGAUGCAGCUGGAUAAAAACGACUACAUCAUCAGUGUGGUGGCAAAGAAUUCUGCUGGCCCAUCGCCACCUUCUAAAAUAGCCAGUAUGGAAAUCCCGAACGAUGGCGUCAUAGUAGAACAAGCUGUUGGAAUGGGAAAGAGGAUCUUCCUCACCUGGCAUUCUGACCCCAACAUGACCUGUGACUACGUCAUUAAAUGGUGCAACUCAUCUCGUUCUGAGCCCUGCCUCAUGGACUGGAUAAAGGUUCCUUCAAACAGCACCGAGGCUGUAAUAGAAUCUGAUCAAUUUCAGCCAGGAGUGAGAUAUAAUUUUUACCUCUAUGGGUGCACUCAUCAGGGAUAUCAAUUGUUGCGUUCUAUAAUUGGAUACAUAGAAGAAUUAGCUCCAAUUGUGGCACCGAAUUUUACUGUGGAAGAUACUUCUGCAGAUUCGAUCUUAGUAAAAUGGGAAGACAUCCCUGUGGAAGAGCUCCGCGGCUUUUUAAGAGGGUAUUUAUUUUACUUUCAGAAAGGAGAGCGAGAUACACCUAAGACAAGGAGUUUCGAGACGGGUCAUUCUGACAUCAAGCUGAAGAAUAUCACUGACAUAUCCCAGAAGACGCUGAGGAUUGCUGAUCUUCAGGGGAAAACCAGCUACCACCUGGUCCUGCGAGCCUACACGCAUGGAGGGCUGGGUCCAGAGAAGAGCAUGUUUGUGGUGACCAAGGAAAACUCUGUGGGAUUAAUUAUCGCCAUCCUCAUCCCAGUGGCCGUGGCUGUCAUUGUUGGCGUGGUGACAAGCAUCCUGUGCUAUCGGAAGCGAGAAUGGAUUAAGGAGACGUUCUACCCUGAUAUUCCCAACCCAGAGAACUGUAAAGCCUUACAGUUUCAGAAGAGCCUCUGCGAGGGAAGCAGUGCUCUCAAAACAUUGGAAAUGAACCCCUGUACUCCAAAUAACGUCGAAGUUCUGGAAUCUCGAUCAAUCGUUCCUAAAAUAGAAGAUACAGAAAUAAUCUCCCCCGUGGCCGAGCGUCCUGCUGAGAGCUCUGAGCCGGACCCCGAGAACCACGUGGUUGUAUCUUACUGCCCACCCAUCAUCGAGGAGGAAAUAGCGAACCCCACAGCAGACGAAGCAGGAGGGACUUCCCAGGUCGUGUACAUCGAUGUUCAGUCCAUGUACCAGCCUCAGGCCAAGCCAGAGGAAGAGCAGGACAGUGACCCCACGGUGGUGGCCGGCUAUAAGCCGCAGAUGCGCCUCCCCAUUAACUCUGCUGUGGAGGACACAGCUGCGGAAGACGAAGCCGAUAAGGCUGCAGGCUACAGACCUCAGGCCAGUGUGAAUACUUGGAAUUUGGUCUCUCCGGAUUCCCCAAGGUCCACAGACAGCAACAGUGAAAUUGUCUCUUUUGGAAGUCCAUGCUCCAUCAAUUCCAGGCAGUUUUUGAUUCCUCCUAAAGAUGAUGACUCCCCUAAAUCUAACGGAGGCGGGUGGUCCUUCACAAACUUUUUCCAGAACAAACCAAACGACUAACCCGGCACCCUUUGCCCAUGCAGUCUGCCAUCUCAACAUCCCAGCAGUAGCUGGGGCAUUCAUUCCUGGAGGGACUCAGCGAAGGUGGAGAACCAGAGACCUUCCCUCCGGGCAAGUGACACUAGAAGCGAGAAUGCGCUUUUAAUGUACCCUAAAAGCCCAAGUCCAGUGACUCGGAAACCUCAGCCACAGAAACUCAAGAUUUGAAGCUGUUUUUGAUUGAGCCAAAGAAUCCUCCAGAAGGAUUUCAACGACUAACUCUGCCUAGUUCGUAUAUGCAAAACAAAUCUCAACAACUGUCUGUUGUUACUGGUUUUCUCGUCUUUGUAUGUUAUGGAGUUCCAAGUGGAUUUACAGGCCAGGAAGAAAAAUGGACAAGUCAAAAUAACGCUACUUCGCCUGACAUUUACUGCGGUCUAGAGGAAAACCAAACACAGAUUUUAAAACUUUUACGAUGCCUCUAUCCUCAGCAUUUACAAAAGCGAGUCUAGUUUUUCAUGCAGCAACCGCUAUCUGGUGUGUUCUGCUUGGGAGAGUGUACCGAUGUCUGUGCCUGUCGGGUAUGCCAGGUGACGGGGCGUGCUGAUUUCUCUGCCUACUGUAUAACGGUUACCAAACAGUUGUCUCAGGGGUACAAACUUGGAAAAACAAGUGUGACGCUGACCAGCCAGAAUCAGAAUCACACUGUCCUGCUUUAGCAGGGUGUGAAAACCUUUUUCCUGUCACGUGGCUGGCACGCUGGCUUCCGUUGGGCAGCCCAUUGUCCUCAUGUUGGAAAUUUCUAGAACUAGCUCCAGAUUUUCUCUGCAUUUUUGUUUUGUGUUAUGGUGUCUGCUUUGUAAGAACAAAGUCAGCGUUAUUCACCAGUA